AUAAAACCAAAACUGUCUUUGCUUUCAUAAUCAUCAAUCCCAUUGUGUGUUUUGGAAGAAAUGGCAUACAAAAAACACAUUUCUUCACUUCUUCUUCAACUUAUUCUUCUUGCCUUUGUUUUUGUCUCUGCCAAUGGCAGUUACCUCAAGUUAGGGUUCUACCAAAAAACAUGCCCUAAUGUAGAGGCUAUCGUAGCAAAGGUGACUGCUGAUCACAUUUCUGUAGCUCCAUCUCUUGCAGCUCCUUUGCUCCGCAUGCACUUUCAUGAUUGUUUUAUUAGGGGAUGUGAUGGGUCUGUACUAUUAGACUCUACCAAAACUAACGCAGCCGAGAAAGUUGGACCUCCCAAUCUUUCGCUCAGAGGUUAUCAAGUUAUUGACGCUGCAAAAUCUGCAUUAGAAAAAGAAUGUCCUGGUGUUGUUUCUUGUGCAGAUAUCUUAUCUUUGGUAGCUCGUGACGCAGUCUACCAGAUUAAAGGACCAUGGUGGCCAGUUCCUUUAGGGAGAAGAGAUGGAAGAGUAUCGAUAGCAUUGGAGAGUUUAUCACUACCUGCUCCCUUUGGCAACAUUGCUCAACUCAAAGCACAGUUUGCCUCCAAAGGCUUGAGUGUAAAGGAUCUUGUAGUCCUUUCAGGAGGACACACUAUAGGAACUUCUCAAUGCUCUACCAUUGUAAUUCGGUUGUACAAUUUUACGGGGAAGGGUGACACUGACCCUACUCUAGACCCGAAAUAUGUACCUUUCUUGAAGAAAAAAUGUAAGCCCACCGACACCACCACACUGCUAGAAAUGGAUCCUGGGAGUUUCAGAACAUUCGAUGAGGAUUACUACACUAUUGUCAUGAAAAGGAGGGGCUUGUUUCAAUCGGAUGCUGCUCUUCUUGAUGACAAGGAAACAAGUGCAUAUGUAAAGUUUCAAGCACAAUCGCAUGGAUCCACGUUUUUUAAAGAUUUUGAAGAAUCGAUGGUUAAAAUGGGUCAAAUCGAAGUUCUGACAGGCAGCGCUGGUGAAAUCAGAAAACAUUGUGCUUUGGUCAAUUAAUUAAGUUGAUUGAUAUGCGUUUUUUUUAAGAAAUCGGCAAAUUAAGCUGAUGAGUGAUGCGUGGUUUGUUUUAAUUAAUAAAGACACCAACAAGAUGUUUGUGUCCGGUAUAUAUGUAGUUUGAUAUUGGUGCUUAAACAAAGUGAUUGUAUAUAUUUGGGAAAAAAAAUGUUUGAUAUACUAUAGAAAGAUGAUGCGAUGUAACCGUGUUCAAAUAUGAAGUUACGUUUUUCCUAAUCUUGCGUUAAUAAAUCAGAUUAUACCUGAA